AUUCCAUACAAUUCCUCCUUCAAAGAAGUAUCAAUAUAAAAUUGUAUUUCUUAAGACUCUACUCAGUGUUAUUUUGCGUUAUUUGUUUAUACAAAUAUAACAAAAAAAUAUUAAACAAAAAGUUGAAAAUAAAAAGAAAAUAAAACAAAAUCAACAGAAACAAUUUGAUUUUGCAUAUUCUUAAAAAAGAAACAAAAAUUUAUUUUAAAUAAAAUAAACAAAAGUGUAAUAUUUCGCGGCAAUUUGUAAAUAAAAAGCAGCAACUCUCAAAUUUUUUGUUUGUUUGCUAAUUAUUAAAGACAAUUAAAGAACGUUCUACCAAGUUUAAUAUUUUUUAUAAAAAAGUAUAUUAAAUAAUUACAAUCAAAAUGGCCCAGAAAAUGAACUUACAUCUUUUAUUACUGGCCCUGCUGGUGUUCAUCAGUAGUUAUGGUUCUGAGGCCAGAGCCAUUGAUGAUGUUGACAAUUCCAUAGAGUCGGGUGCUAGUGAUCAAUCAACGGCCUCGAGCUCUUCAUCCGCUUCGCUACAACCUCGCACCCGUUUUGGUCAGGAUUGGAUUAAAUUCACUAAAACUCCUCCCGUUAAGAUUUUACAAAGUUUGGGUUCUCCCGUUGAGAUUGCUUGCGAAGUAAUGGGCUCUCAAAUACCCACCAUUCAGUGGGUUGUCGGUCAUAUUCCUUUGUCAGAGAUCGAAACAAUCGAAUCGAAUGUAAUCUCUGAAUCAAGUGCUAGUGCCAUUGUUAAAGUACGUUCCGUGCAUGUCAUCGAUCAUAUGUUGAGUGAGGCACGCACCUACACCUGUGUAGGACGUACCGGUUCUAAAACCGUUUAUGCCUCGACCAUAGUUUAUCCUCAAUCGGAUCUUAAAGAUUUGGUGCAAGUACGUGAAAAACCUUUUAUGGGUCAUGUUAAACCACGUAUCGUAUAUAGUGAAAGAAUGCAUUUAGAUUUGGUGGGAUCAAAUGUGGUAUUGCCCUGCAAGGUGCAUGCCCGUCCCCGUGCUGAGGUAUUCUGGAUGAACGAUGAGGGUAAUUUGAUAGAACAAAAUCAACGUUUUAAACUGUUGCCCUCGGGAGAUUUAUUGAUAUCCGAUUUGAAAUGGGAAGAUAUGGGUGCCUAUAAGUGUAUAGCCCGUAAUGCUUUGGGCAAAGAUACAGCCGAUGCAUUUAUUUAUCCAGUACAGAAAGAAGACAAAUAAACAUUAGAAAGAAUGGACCCCAAACCCCUAUUAAACAUUUAGAAAUUGGACCUUUAAACGAAAAACUAAACAUAAUUUGCCUGGAAUUAAGAUGGAAAAAAAAACAAAACCUUUAAACAAAAUAUAUAUAUAUACUAUAUAGAAAAAAAUAACAAAAAAUAGUUCCUGUUUAUUAACUAAAGAAUCUUUUUUGCAAAAAUAUACCCUAAGCAGUACUACCCUAUU